UCACACACACUUGUAUAGACAUAAACACCCACACACUCAAAGGACACUGACCUUAUAUGCGAAGUAAGAUCUGCAGUGCGUCACUGCUUCAGAGACCAACGGCCAGCAUGAAUCUCAAACUGUGUCUGCUGCUCCUCUUUCUCUGUGCUGUCAUUGUUCCUGCAAAGUUGAAUAAAGAAAAACAUGAUAAACAUGAUAAGCUUGAGGAACGUGGGAAACAUGGGCAACAUGAGAAACCCGGACCACAAGAUAAACCUGAGAGACCUGGUGGUAGACAUCGUGCAAAGAGAGGCAAAGAAAGACUGGCGAUCCUGAAGGCUGAGUUUGAAAGCUCACGUGACUCUGAUGAUGACGACGAUGCAAACGAUUGGCUGUUUGAGCUUCAAGGUGUAAGAGGAAAAUGCAGUCCAAAUCCAUGCCUGAACGGGGGGCAGUGUGAAGAAAAGAAAGAUCAAUUCAUAUGCAAAUGCCCAAAGCAAUUUGUAGGUAGAAGAUGCCAGAGAGGGAAAAGGGUUUGCAAGAGUGGAGCAUGUGGGACAGGACUGUGUCUUCUGACCCAGUCUCCUCCCUACUAUAAGUGCAAGUGUAUUCCACCAUUUGCACCACCAAACUGCAAAAUACCUACUCCAUGUAAUCCAAACCCGUGUCAGAAUAACGGCAGAUGUGUUGUAGACGACGGUGAUUUUGAGUGCAUCUGUCCUGAUGGUUACAGUGGACAAUACUGUAAAGUAGGCCCUGAUGACUGCUAUGAGGGGGAUGGACAGUCAUACAGAGGGAAGGUGUCUGAGACAGAAGAUGGGGAUGAGUGUCUCGACUGGAACUCUGAGUUCAUUCUGGAUAAAGGAGUUUUUCCUUCAGUGACAUUUGCAUCUACUGAAGGCUUGGGACCGCAUAACUUCUGCAGAAACCCUGAUGGAGAUAAGAAGCCAUGGUGCUUUAUAAAGAAGGACAAGAAACUUCGAUGGGAUCAUUGUAAUGUCAGAAAAUGUCCCAUGACAGCUCGGCCCACCACAGCUGAAUUCUUAGGCAGUAUUCCACCAAAAGAAACUCCUCUCCAACCAACCGUACCAGCUAAGACAGAUGGCAGCAUAACCCCAGAGAGCACCAGUUCAGCCCAGAUAGCCCCUGCUACUGUCCCACCAGUCACUUUACCAAAGAACUAUACUUUAACAAAGAAUUUUCUAACCUGUGGUAAACCUGAGCCAAAAAAACAACUUAACCGGAUUUACGGAGGUCUUAAAGCUAUUCCUGGAGCCCAUCCAUGGCAAGUAUCAGUCCAGGUUAGGCCUAAGGGAACCAUCCAAGACUACAGACACAUCUGUGGAGGCACCCUUAUCAAGCCUUGUUGGGUGCUGACUGCUGCCCACUGUAUUGAUAAAAAGCAUGAUUACAGAGUUCUAUUGGGAGGACUAAAUUUGAUACAAAAGGAGCAAACAGAUCAGACCGUGGUGGUUGAGGACACCAUCAUCCAUGAGAAGUAUAAGGAAACCCCUGAUGUUGUCUACAAUGAUAUUGCUCUUUUAAAACUGAAAACUACUAAUGGAGAAUGUGCUAAGGAAACUCAGUUUGUGAAGGCCGCCUGCUUGCCCAAAGAACCGUUUGCAGAUGGAACAGAAUGCAGAAUUUCUGGAUGGGGAGCCACAGAGACGUCGAUGUAUGGCUCUAUGCAUUUGCUUGAUGCACAGGUUUUGCUGAUUUCUCAGGAGGCUUGUUCCAGCAAAAACGUAUAUGCUUCUUUGCUGGAUGAUGGCAUGUUUUGCGCUGGUUAUCUCAAGGGAGGAGUAGAUUCCUGUCAGGGUGACUCUGGUGGACCUUUAACCUGUGAGAGAAAUCAAACACACUAUAUCUACGGUGUAGUGAGCUGGGGAGACAAUUGUGGGGAGAAGAACAAGCCUGGCGUCUAUACCAGAGUCCUUAAAUAUUUGGAUUGGAUCAAUAAAAAAAUUAGUGUCCCACAGUAGCAUGUCUAUGAAAUAUUAACCACGGCCACAGUGUUUUCUGUUUGAGAUAAUUCUUCUGAUGAAUUAAAAAAGCUUGCGUCA